CGUUGGCGGAUAUUCAAAUUUGACGCUACAACUCAAUUAAUGGGCGAAUAUGUAUAUAAAAAAGGUUAUUAUUCAAGGCUUUCGCAGUUAUAGAGACCAGACCUGUCCUGAGGAGUUUAGUCCACAUCACAACAUAAUAGUCGGCCGUAAUGGUUCGGGGAAGUCUAAUUUCUUUCAAGCAAUACAGUUUGUGCUCUCUGACGAGUAUAGUCACCUCAGUAACCAGGAGAGACAAAAUCUGCUUCACGAAGGCACAGGUCCACGAGUCAUAUCUGCCUACGUGGAAAUGAUUUUCGACAACUCAGACAAUCGAAUUCCUUUUGAUAAAAAUGAAGUCUCUUUGCGGAGGAUAAUUGGCAGCAAGAAAGAUCAGUAUUUUCUUGACAAGAAGAUGGUCACGAAAGCUGAUGUAAUGAACAUGCUGGAGAGCGCUGGAUUUUCUCGUAGUAAUCCAUACUAUAUUGUUAAACAAGGAAAGAUCACUCAGCUGGCUACUGCACCUGAUCACCAAAGAUUGAAAUUACUAAGGGAAGUUGCCGGAACCAGGGUUUACGAUGAGCGAAAGGAAGAAAGUAAACAAAUAUUCAAAGAGUCAGAAGCUAAACGAGAGCAAAUAUCUGAACUUUUAAACAGUAUUGAAGAUCGUUUACGGACUCUUGAGAAUGAAACAAAAGAAUUGAAAGAAUAUCAACACUGGGAUAGAGACAGACGUGCCUUAGAAUUUACGAUAUAUGAUAGAGAGUUGAAGGAAACGCGAAAGAAGCUAGAAGAACUACAGACUCGUCGAGAGCAAAGCAGUGAAAGUACCGCAGAAAUACGAC